AUGGCGCCUCUCCUCCCCCCCGCCAUGGCUCCCCGUGUCCCUGCUCCGCUCCUCUCAGUGAGUGAAAGUGGCCGCCGCCGCCGCCGGCCCAGCGCCCGCAGCCGCCUCAGCGCCGCCGCCAUCUUGGGGUCCCAGGAACCGCCGAGGGAGCGAGCUAGGAGCGUCCACGCCCAGCGCAGUCCCCGUCCCACGGCCUCAGCGAGCGAACCGCGUCUCCACCGUCGGCGGGGCGACCCCCCCCCUCCGGACCCCGCCCGCACCCCGCCCCCCCUCCGCCGCCGCCGCGGCGGCGGGGCCCGGCGGCCCGAGCCGUGCAGUCGAAGUCCUUGUGCAUGAAGACAAAUUUGUUCUAUGGCCUCGGAGUUGGGUGCCGGGGACGAUGGCAGCUGCUCUGAGCUGGCAAAGCCCCUCUACCUUCAGUACCUGGAGAGGGCCCUCCGCUUGGACCAUUUUCUGCGACAGACAUCAGCCAUCUUCAACAGAAAUAUUUCUAGUGAUGACAGUGAAGAUGGGUUGGAUGACAGUAAUCCUUUAUUGCCCCAGUCUGGGGAUCCCUUAAUACAAGUUAAGGAAGAACCUCCAAAUUCAUUGCUUGGUGAAACUUCUGGAGCAAGCAGUUCUGGAAUGGUAAACACAUACUCACUGAAUGGAGUUCUGCAGUCAGAAUCAAAAUCUGACAAGGGGAAUUUAUAUAACUUUUCUAAGUUGAAGAAAAGCAGAAAGUGGCUAAAGAGCAUUCUGUUAAGUGACGAGUCCAGUGAGGCAGAGUCUCAGAGUGAAGACAAUGAUGAAGAAGAUGAUGAGCUCAACCUCAGCAGAGAAGAACUUCAUAACAUGCUUAGACUCCACAAGUACAAAAAACUUCACCAAAAUAAGUACAGUAAAGACAAGGAGUUGCAGCAGUAUCAAUACUACAGUGCAGGUUUGCUGUCCACGUAUGACCCUUUCUACGAGCAACAGCGACACCUACUUGGACCUCGAAAAAAGAAAUUCAAGGAGGAGAAGAAACUUAAAGCCAAGUUGAAAAAAGUGAAGAAAAAAAGACGAAGAGAUGAAGAGCUUUCCUCUGAAGAAUCCCCUCGUCGCCAUCACCACCAGACCAAAGUCUUUGCCAAGUUUUCUCAUGAUGCACCUCCCCCAGGCACUAAGAAGAAACACUUAUCCAUCGAGCAGCUCAAUGCUCGCCGCAGGAAGGUGUGGCUCAGCAUUGUGAAGAAGGAGCUACCAAAGGCCAACAAGCAAAAAGCUUCGGCUCGUAACCUGUUUCUCACCAACAGCCGAAAGCUGGCUCACCAAUGCAUGAAGGAGGUACGGCGAGCCGCCUUGCAAGCCCAGAAGAACUGUAAGGAGACCUUACCUCGUGCGCGACGUCUCACCAAGGAAAUGCUGCUGUACUGGAAAAAAUAUGAGAAGGUGGAGAAGGAACACCGCAAGCGUGCAGAGAAGGAAGCUUUGGAGCAACGCAAGUUGGAUGAGGAAAUGCGGGAGGCCAAGAGACAACAGCGAAAACUUAACUUCUUAAUCACCCAAACAGAGCUGUAUGCCCAUUUCAUGAGCCGCAAACGAGACAUGGGCCAUGAUGGGAUCCAGGAAGAAAUUCUAAGGAAACUGGAAGAUAGUUCUACCCAGAGACAGAUUGACAUUGGUGGGGGAGUGCUAGUUAACAUCACGCAGGAGGAUUAUGAUAGUAACCAUUUCAAGGCUCAGGCCCUGAAGAAUGCUGAAAAUGCUUACCAUAUCCACCAAGCCCGGACAAGAUCAUUUGAUGAAGAUGCAAAAGAAAGUCGAGCAGCUGCCCUACGAGCAGCAAACAAGUCUGGCACUGGGUUUGGAGAGAGUUACAGCUUGGCAAACCCAUCUAUCCGGGCUGGUGAGGAUAUCCCACAGCCUACAAUUUUUAAUGGCAAAUUGAAAGGUUAUCAACUGAAAGGCAUGAAUUGGUUGGCCAAUCUCUAUGAACAGGGUAUUAAUGGUAUCCUUGCUGAUGAAAUGGGCCUUGGUAAGACAGUGCAGAGCAUUGCCCUGCUGGCCCACUUGGCUGAGAGAGAGAACAUUUGGGGACCGUUCUUAAUAAUUUCACCCGCCUCUACACUUAAUAAUUGGCACCAGGAGUUUACUAGAUUUGUUCCUAAAUUUAAGGUGCUACCAUAUUGGGGAAAUCCUCAUGAUAGAAAAGUCAUCAGGAGGUUUUGGAGUCAGAAGACCCUCUACACUCAGGAUGCACCCUUCCAUGUGGUGAUCACCAGCUACCAGCUGGUGGUGCAGGACGUAAAGUAUUUCCAGCGGGUCAAGUGGCAAUACAUGGUACUGGAUGAGGCUCAGGCACUCAAGAGUAGUUCCAGUGUGCGCUGGAAGAUCCUCUUACAGUUCCAGUGUCGGAAUCGACUUUUGCUCACUGGGACUCCUAUCCAGAACACGAUGGCUGAGCUCUGGGCUCUGCUACAUUUCAUUAUGCCAACAUUAUUUGAUUCACACGAGGAAUUUAAUGAAUGGUUUUCCAAGGACAUUGAGAGCCAUGCUGAAAAUAAAUCUGCCAUUGAUGAAAAUCAACUCUCUCGCCUACACAUGAUCUUGAAACCAUUUAUGCUGAGGAGAAUCAAGAAAGAUGUGGAAAACGAGUUGUCUGAUAAGAUUGAGAUUCUAAUGUACUGCCAACUGACCAGCCGACAAAAGCUGUUGUAUCAGGCACUAAAGAACAAAAUUUCCAUUGAGGAUUUAUUGCAGUCUUCUAUGGGCUCUACCCAGCAAGCGCAGAACACCACCAGCAGCCUCAUGAAUCUGGUCAUGCAAUUUCGGAAGGUGUGUAAUCACCCAGAAUUAUUUGAACGGCAAGAAACGUGGUCUCCAUUUCAUAUUUCCCUAAAGCCAUACCAGAUUUCAAAGUUUAUCUACCGUCAUGGACAGAUCAGGGUCUUUAACCAUUCACGAGACAGGUGGUUAAGAAUUCUUCUUUCUCCAUUCGCACCAGAUUAUAUUCAGCAGUCUCUCUUCCACAGGAAAGGUGUUAAUGAAGAAAGUUGUUUUUCAUUUCUUCGCUUUAUUGAUGUUUCUCCAGCCGAAAUGGCAAACCUCAUGCUGCAAGGACUUUUGGCCAGAUGGUUAGCUAGUUUCCUGUCUCUGAAAGCCUCCUACAGGCUCCAUCAGCUGCGCUCCUGGCGAGAGUCAGAAGGCGAGAGCCACGAGAGAUUCCUGAAAAACAAAGAUUUUCUUCUUGGGGUUAACUUUCCACUCUCCUUUCCCAACCUUUGCAGUUGCCCGUUGUUAAAGUCACUUGUUUUCAGUAGCCACUGUAAAGCAGUGAGUGGUUACUCCGACCAGGUCAUCCAUCAGCGAAGAUCAGCUACCUCCUCUCUUCGUUGCUGCCUGCUCACUGAGCUGCCAUCUUUUUUGUGUGUGGCCAGUCCACGAGUCACCGCAGUGCCAUUGGAUUCUUACUGCAAUGACCGAAGUGCAGAAUACGAGCGGCGAGUUUUGAAGGAAGGAGGCAGUCUGGCUGCCAAGCAGUGUUUGUUGAAUGGGGCCCCUGAACUGGCUGCUGACUGGCUAAAUCGACGAUCCCAGUUCUUCCCGGAGCCAGCUGGAGGACUCUUAAGCAUUAGGCCUCAGAAUGGCUGGUCUUUCAUCAGGAUUCCAGGCAAGGAGAGCCUCAUCACUGACAGUGGAAAGCUGUAUGCCCUUGAUGUCCUCCUGACUCGGCUGAAGUCUCAAGGACAUAGGGUCCUUAUCUACUCCCAGAUGACCAGGAUGAUAGACCUGCUGGAGGAAUAUAUGGUUUACAGAAAGCAUACCUACAUGAGGCUUGAUGGCUCAUCCAAGAUCUCAGAGAGGCGAGACAUGGUUGCUGACUUUCAGAACAGGAAUGAUAUAUUUGUGUUCCUGUUAAGUACACGAGCUGGAGGACUGGGCAUCAAUCUCACGGCUGCAGAUACAGUGAUUUUCUAUGACAGUGACUGGAACCCUACUGUGGACCAGCAGGCAAUGGACAGAGCCCACCGCUUGGGACAGACAAAGCAGGUGACUGUGUACCGGCUCAUCUGUAAAGGCACCAUAGAAGAACGUAUUCUACAGAGAGCCAAGGAGAAAAGUGAGAUUCAGCGGAUGGUGAUUUCGGGUGGAAACUUCAAACCAGAUACCUUGAAACCCAAAGAGGUGGUUAGUCUCCUUCUAGACGAUGAAGAGUUGGAGAAGAAGCUGAGACUGCGGCAGGAAGAGAAACGUCAGCAGGAGGAAACCAACCGAGUGAAAGAGCGCAAGCGCAAGCGGGAAAAGUACGCAGAGAAGAAGAAAAAGGAAGAUGAGUUGGACGGGAAGAGAAGGAAAGAAGGCGUGAACCUUGGGAUCCCAUUUCUUCCUUCAGCUGAUAACUCCAACCUCUCAGCUGACGGGGAUGACUCCUUUAUCAGCGUGGACUCAGCCAUGCCCAGUCCAUUCAGUGAGAUUUCCAUCAGCAGUGAGCUGCAUACUGGCUCCAUUCCUCCUGAUGAGAGCAGCAGUGACAUGCUGGUCAUUGUGGAUGACCCAGCCUCCUCAGCCCCACAGUCCCGAGCCACCAACUCACCUGCUUCCAUAACAGGCUCUGUCUCAGACACCGUGAAUGGAAUUUCCAUUCAGGAAAUGCCAGCUGCAGGACGCGGUCACUCAGCCCGAAGCCGAGGCCGCCCCAAAGGUUCCGGAAGCACAGCCAAAGGAGCAGGGAAAGGCCGAAGCCGGAAGUCCACUGCAGGCAGUGCUGCCGCCAUGGCAGGAGCUAAGGCUGGGGCUGCGGCGGCAUCCGCAGCUGCCUAUGCUGCAUACGGGUAUAAUGUGUCUAAAGGAAUCUCCGCUAGUAGUCCUCUACAGACGUCACUUGUUCGACCUGCUGGUCUUACUGACUUUGGACCUUCAAGCGCCUCUUCUCCUUUGAGUUCCCCUUUGAGUAAAGGGAACAAUGUACCUGGGACUCCUAAGAGCCUGCACGUGACCAGCAGCCUGGCCUCGGACUCCUUGGUCCGGAAACAGGCCAAGGGCACCAACUCCUCUGGAGGACGGUAACUGCCUCCGGCUUCCAGCUUCCUUCAGCCUAAUCCAGGGUGGGAGCCCUUGUCUGCACACUUGCCCCAGGCGGCAUCUCACAUCUCUCAUCAAAGGGUGGAGGUGACCAGUUGCAACAGGGGAAAGAUGGGCAGGUGGGCAGGUGGGAGUAUUUUUAUCACCUGUCUCAAAAGGAAUGUUGUGGGGCAGCCUAUGGGAAGAAGGGACAGGAAUUAGUCUGCCAGGCCUCCAGAAUCUCACUUGACCCCUGAAGCCGAGUCUUAAGCCUCUUACUGGGGAAGGGUCUAGACAGACCCCCUGUAGAUGCUCAGGCACAUUGUCUCCAUCCCCAUUCCACUUUCUGGCUCUGACCAUGUUCCUCGUGAAGACUGUACAGGUACUGUGUACAGGUACCUGCAGUCGAGGGAGGAGACUGACCUUAAGGUUGUAGAGCCAUGGAGGGAGGACCAUGUGUAGCAGCUGCCCACAGUCUUUCCACACCACCCCAGGUCUCCAAAUCACAUUUGCCUCAGUGUCAUUGUUGAAGAGAA